CCAAUUGCCUCAUUUCCGGUUAUAAAAAAAAAAUAAGCAACACGGAUCUUGUGAAUUAUCAAAGUCAUAAUUCACUUGUUUAUAAAGAUGGCAACAGAAGCAAUUGAGUUAGACUUAAGGGGACUGCCGCCAUAUACAGCUGUCGCAUGGGCUCAGUUCGAACAAAAUCCGCGAGUAAUGUAUAAUUUGUUUGAACCAACAAUCCGACCAGGAGGAAAUUACUCUUCAGACAAAGUGUUUGACAUGACUGGUGCUAAGCUAAAUCAGAAACUUUGUGAAUUGAAAGUAGACAAUGUUGAGGAGUUACACAGAUUGACCAGGGAUCUCCUUAAAAUGCCAAUUUUGUUUCGAGUGAAAGUAGAACAUACAAGGACAGAUCAUUAUGUUGUGAUGAAAGUUAGAAAGAAGUGGCGAGAUGAAUUUGCCAUCCUUGUGAAUACACAACAUCCACAGAUCAGAGAAAUUCUAUCUAGACGCUUGUCAGAAGCAAUGCAGUAUAUGACAGAAGGAAAAAACUUUUGUUUAAAGAUUGGAUUUGGCCAGAGUGUUCGCCAGUGGUACAGUGGUGUUGUAGAUGCAGAGGUUUCCCUUUGUGACAGCCGGUCCAACAGUGAUGAUGGCCACAUGAGUAUUUAUAUCCACAACUAUUCCACACCUAUGGACUGUUGUAUGCAUCCACUGUGUAUCUUCUGUUGUUUCCCUUUCUGGUUACUCUGUGGUGGACCAUGUUAUUUUGUGAAUCGUAAAUUGAAAUGCACUGAUGUUGAAGAGCAUGUAAGAGAUCUGCCAGUUACCAUGGUAACAGGACAAAGAACCAUAUUGAUUGAGCACCAUAUCCAACCAGAACCUUGUGCACGAGCAGAUCAGUACCGACAUCAGCCUCCUGGUUAUCCUGGUCCUCAGAAUGGGAUGCAGUAUAAUAAUGUCCUUCCUCCACCACAAUCUGCACAACAGAUGCAACAAGGGCAGUAUGGAGGUCAACAAAUUCCAUGUGUGCAGUUUGGAGGCCAACAAGUUUCACCUGUGCAGUAUGGAGGUCCUCAAAUGGCAAAUCCUCCACCAUAUUCUCCAUAAUUUUACAAUUAUGGAUUGUAGUGUAUUUUGUUACCGGUGAUAUAAUAUGAACUUGGAAAAAUUUAAAAGUUAAACAAUUAGUACACCUAUAAUCUUGUUAUCACAAUAUAUUUUGUACUUAACUUAGAAAAGAAUAAGUGCUAAGAUUGACAAUAAUUUUUGUAAUAAUUUUAAUCAUUAAUCUUAUAUGAAAACUUGGACUAGAAUUUUGAUUGACUAUGUUUAUUUUUAUAGGAUAAUAAGAAAGGAUGUUGAUAUCAUACAUUGCUUAAUUGCAUGUCAUGUAUUUACUUUCUUGACGACAAAAAGUUUUGUUUCAAUGUGAAAUGUUGGAAUGACUUUUUUUUAUGCCCCCGCCGUAGUGAGGGGGCAUUAAGUUUUACCCUUGUCCGUCUGUACGUACGUCCCAAAAUUGGUUUCCGUUCUCUAACUUUAGUUUGCCUCAACCAAAUGUUAUGAAACUUAUACAUAAUGCUUAUUACCACAAAACACAGAUCAAGUUUGAAUUUUGGUGGCGUCACUUUUACCGUUCUAGAGUUAUGCCCCUUUACAAAUGGAAAAUUGCUGAAUUUAUCGUUUCCAUUCUCUAACUUUAGUUUGCCUCAACCAAAUGUAAUGAAACUUAUACACAAUGCUUAUUAUCACAAAACACAGAUCAAAGGAGUAGGCCCGGUAAGACCCCUUUUUGGCCCCAAAAUAUAGCAGUUUUACAAAAUUGUUAAAAUGUAAAUUUUAAGCUAUUUAUUGGAAAGAAGAAUACUUCUGUUACAUAAAUAUGGGCUGUGUUUGACAAUACAAUACACAUGUAUCGGGUACUAGCAUCAUUAAGUCAUGCUAAAUUACUGAAAUCUUCGAAAUUUUAGCAUUUUGGUUUAUUUUUAGACGGUUUCCGUCUGAAAUGGAAGUGGCCGCAUUUGUGUUCAUUCUUAAUAUUUAAAGGUAAGUUGUAUUUGAUGAUAAUACAUAACAUAUAUAAAGGUUGAGAAUGAACACGGAUGCGGCCACUUUCAUUUUUGACAAAAACCAUCUGAAAAGUGACAUAUUAUGGCAUAUUUGAUAGAUUUUUCAUAUCUAAGCUUGAAAUUGAGCGUCUUUAAUGACUAAAUCAGUUCAAAUCUUUCACAUAAACUAAUUGAAUCGACAGAAGUAGCCACUUAAGUGUUUAAAAAGUGUCCAAAAUCUUUCAUCAGAUGAACCUGAAUUUUGAGGCCAAAAUCGGGCCUUACUGGACCUACUCCUUUGAAUUUUGGUGGCGUCACUCUUACAGUUCUAGAGUUAUGCCCCUUUACAAAUGGAAAAAUUGCCGAAUUUUUUGUUUCCGUUCUCUAAUUUUAGUUUGCCUCAACCAAAUGUUAUGAAACUUAUACACAAUGCUUAUUACCACAAAACACAGAUCAAGUUUGAAUUUUGGUGGCGUCACUUUAACCAUUCUAGAGUUAUGCCUCUUUAUAAAUGGAAAAAUUGCAAAAAUUUUAUUUUCUUCUAAAUAUCAAGUAAUUUUUAUUAAAAUUGGAGUUAUCUUUCUUUGUCCAUGAUUAUAAAUGAAUCAACUACAUUCAAUGCUUUAUACAAUGCAAUGUCUAAUUUUGACUUCCACUGAUAAAACACAGAUCAAGUUGAAUUUGGGUAGUGUCACUUUAACCAUUAUUGAGUUAUGCCCCUUUAUAACUCGAAAGAUUGCAAAAUUUUUAGUUUCCAUUCUGUAACUUAAGUUUGCCCCAACCAAACAUUAUGAAACCUAUACACAAUAUUCAUUACCACAAAACUAAGAUCAAGUACAAAUUUUUUGUUUCCGUUUUCUAAUUUAGUGCCUCAACCAAAUGAUAUGAAACUUAUACACAAUGCUUAUUACUACAUAAUACAGAUUAAGUACGAAAUUUGGUAGCAACACUUUUACCAUUCUUGAGUUGUGUCCCUUUAUAAACAUAAAAAUUGCUGAAUUUUUCAUUUCCGUUCUCUAACUUUAGUUUGUAUGAACCAAAUGUUAUAAAACUUAUACACAACCGUUCUAGAGUUAUGCGUGUUUACAAAUAGAAAAAUUGCUGAAUUUUAAGUUUCUGUUCUCUUCUUAAGUUAGCCUCAACCAAAUGUUAUAAGACUUACACACAAUGCUUAUUACCACAAAACUCAGAUCAAGUUCAAAUUUGGGUAGCGCCACUUUUACCGUUCUUCAGUUAUGUCCCUUUAUAACUAUAUGAUAUGCAAGCGGGGGCAUCAUCUGUGUCCACAUGUGGACACUAUCCACAUUUAUUUUAUAUUUAAGAACAAAGUAUCAGGCAGACUUUUCAAACAAAAAGACACAAUUGUUAGUGCUAUAUUUUGGUUGUACAUAUUAUUUGAAUUUUAUAUUUAUAGAACAAUACAAAGAGAGUUGUAAUGGAUGAUAGAAGGAUCAAUUUUUACAUUUAAUUAAUUUGUGCCAUUUACCUCAAAUAGGUGACUGCUGAUAAUGAUAUAGUUUUAAACAGAACAAUAACAUGUAUAUAUAUAUUUAAAUGUAGCUUCUACUUCUACUUUGUAGUGACCACCUUCUACAUGUUGAAGUUUAUGUCACUUUUACUAUGCAUGGCUUUGUGGAAACAUAUUUUUAGCUUUUCACCUAAAAAUUUGUAUUCCUGAUAUUUUGGCAAGAGAAGAAAUAUUUUCAAAAGAUGGACAACUGUGGAAAUAAAUCAAUUCCUGUGAAAACAUGCAUGAUCUUGCUGUAAUAAUUGAAAAAAAUAAUACUCUAAAGGGAAAUACACAAAAUUUUGUAUUUAUGAUUAGAUUUUAUUUUGUACUGGCAGUACAUGAUUGUGAUAAAGUUGUAAAGGGGUUAAUUCAAUAGCAAAACAACUUAUUGUUAAGGUUACAUAUUUUCCUUAUUACUUGUAAGCUUAUUUUGAUACUUGAUAAACAAAUAUGAAAGAAACAGUUUGUUUAUAACUUCCUAUUUCAGUCCUCUGCAUCUAUAUAUUUCCUUGUCAGUAUGGAUUUAAAUUGUCAAUGGCAUACAUAAGAGAUAUAUCAAUGUUAUACUUUAUUUAAAAGAACAAUAUGGAACAUGCAUUAUCAAGUCCCUUUGGCUUGAACAUGUGACCUAAUGAUUUUUUCUCUCACAUUUAUAAAACUAUAAGGCAUAUUACCUAAAAGAGCUGUAAAUUGAGUAACAUAUGCAAAUAUUAAUCAUUGUUAAUUCAAUAACCUCAUGGUCUGUUUAUGUAGAUCAUAUAUCAAUGACUGAAACUUUAUGCUUUUUAUUACAUGACAAAUAACAUUGUACAUUUAUUCUGUAAACUUUACAUAAUUAAUUUGUAUAUAUAUUGUAAGAAUAUAUUUGGUUGUGUACAUAUAAUAAAAUGAAUAAUAUAUUCUAUCAAGCUUGUUUAUCCUUUCAUGGGACUGCAUUUAAUAUUUACUGGUCCAUGGAAGGAUGAAAUCACACGAUAGAAUAUGUUAUUAUUUGUCCUGAUUGAUUGAUUUUUUGCAAUACAUACAUACAUACAUAUUAUUUGAAUACUUUUGAUUUAAGUUUUAUUUGGUGCAAAUGUAUAUUGAUUAAACUUUAUUCCUCUUUAUGGAAAUUAUAUUGGCCUGUAACUUAUGAAUUAAUGAAAAGGCCUUCCAAUGGCAUAAAGUUUCUACUGGAAUAGCUUAAAGACAAUAGGUUGAUUUACACACUAAAAAAACACCAAUGUACAACUAUCAUGAAAUUGUAUAUUAACUAUAUAUUAAUCCCAAUUUGUCUUUAAGAAUAAUUGUUUUGUUGCCUACACAAGGUUCUAUAAUUCACAUAUAAAUGUCAAAAAGAAAUUUGAAAUUGUUUUCAGUUUUUCUCAAUGAUGCAAUGUUGUUUGGAAAGAACUGUCUUCUUAUAAUUUUUAGGUUGUUUAGCAUUUUUUAUUUUUUUAUUGAUCUGUUGAUGUGUAAUUUUUUUUUCAAAAACAUAAAAAAGCAUUAAAAGUGUGGAUUGGUUAUACUAUACGUAGUUACAAGGUAAAAAAAUUACUUUGAUUAAUUACAGUGAUUAAUGGUGUUAUUUGAAAAUAAUUUACAAUUUUGUAUUCAAUCAUAAAUCUGUUCUACAUUUUCUAUUUUAUUUGUUUUACCUUAGUUAUAAUACAUGUAAUAUAUUUGUUAAUAAAAUAAGAUAAAAAUAAUUGAA